AUGGAUUUUCUUCCCGCGGCGGCCCCGGAUUUUCUCGUGAUCCACCGCGGCGGGAAUCAUACGAAGAAGAAAAUCGUCCUCGAUAUGGAAGUGCUCCAAAUCCUCGUCGAGGGCCUUCCUCUUAUACAAGCUCGAACACUGGUCAAAGAAGACGAGAAAACGACAGGACACAAGGCGAUUACUCCCGUGGAGGUCAACGAGAUCAUCUGUCGUCGCGUGAUAGUCGCCCAAAUUCAACUCGGAACGUUCCGCGAUUUGACGAAGGAAGAAUCGACCGCCCCAUGGGACGACGCAGCGGUCCUCACUCAAGCGCCUAUGAUCAGCUUCUGCAGGACGUCGAUAAGCACCGUGAAAUCUCAAAGAAAAAACAAUGGGAAAAUUCAAAACUCGAUCGAGACAUUCAAGCAGAACUGCGGCGAACGGAAAGAAAAUCUGAGCCUAUUUUACUUGGUGAAGUAA